AUGGCCAUGUCCGACUACGACCUCUUCUUGGCCACUACUAGCGUUAUUGAUGAAGAGGCUGGUGACAGUGAACCCGUCGUAGGGAAAUCAAAGCACAUCGUAGCUCAGCUUAAUGGCUUGGUGAAUGCCGUCAAGGAUCCAUUCAGAUUAUAUGCUGAAAUUACUAUUACUACCAAUAUGAACAACGAGCAACAAAUAGCCGAAGCCGAUGUACUACUCAAAUGCGGAUGUGGCUACCAUCUUUAUUUCGGGGCGGCGAACUUCUGUCAGUUUAAGGACCAGCAAUUCUAUGCCACGGUAUACGCCGAUGAUAACAAUGGUUACACUAUCCAACGAACUACUACUGGAUACUGUUCACUAACUGAAACAACACCGCUCCCACCGACUGCUUGCCAGAAUGGUGGUGUCGUUGAUCCCAACAAGAAUUCGUCGUGUAUCUGUCCACCCAACUACGGAGGGGAUCAUUGUGAAAAUGCAAUCUGUCAAAAUGGAGGAACAAGCCUUGGAGCUUACUGUGCAUGUGUUCCUGGAACGGGUGGAACGUUCUGCGAAUUG